UAAAAGCAGGCGGGCAGGUACGGCUCUGCGAAGUAGGAAGGUUUGCACUGGUACUUCGCCGGCCUUACUACAUCAGGGGCGACACACAGGUCAGCCGGGAUCGUCCACGGUUACUACUACAGUGAAGCCAGUCGAAACCACUGCUUUCAAAUAGUGAGGAAAUCUCAGGCCUCUCUUCAAUUAAGUCUUAUAUUGUACCAUUUCGCUCGUAUAAUAAAGCUAGACUUAAACAGAGAGAAUAAGAAAACUCCCCAGCAGAUGUCCUGAGCCUAUAGAGAUGACGCAGGUUUUCGGCCGAAAGAAGGAAGAAAACAGCACCCAAUCGGCGCCCGUGUCUCAAUGGCCAAUCAAACACCACCUUCCAUUGCAGCCCCGGAACAAACUAAACUGGAGGUUUCUGUCACUUGUAACCUAAAGGCGGGAGCCUUCUUGGGGCUGUGUUUGUUACCUGAGCAAUAAGGGACGAGCUGGUCAGCCUGUCUCUGUGCUUGCUAGAUUUGCUUGUAUUUGUUCCUAGUUUUUUUUUUUUUUUUUACUGCUCAUGUAAUGCACUCCCUUAACCAGGAAAUUAAAGCCUUCUCCCGGAAUAAUCUCAGGAAGCAAUGCACCAGGGUGACAACGCUAACUGGAAAGAAAAUUAUAGAAACAUGGAAAGAUGCCAGAAUUCAGGUCGUGGAAGAAGUAGAGCCGAGCAGUGGGGGUGGUUGUGGUUAUGUGCAGGACCUUAGCUUGGACCUGGAAGUUGGCGUUAUUAAGCCAUGGUUGCUCUUGGGGUCACAAGACGCUGCUCAUGAUCUGGAUACACUGAAAAAGCACAAGGUGACUCAUAUUCUCAAUGUUGCAUGUGGAGUUGAAAAUGCUUUCCUCAGUGACUUUACAUACAAGUGCAUUUCUAUAUUGGAUCUGCCAGAAACCAAUCUCCUAUCUUAUUUUCCAGAAUGUUUUGAAUUUAUUGAACAAGCAAAAAUGAAGGUUCAGAAGCAGCAAGAGAACUCAGGGUGUGCCUCUCUGUGCUGGAGCUGCCACGUGGGAAGAGCCAGGCCUUCCCAGGCAAGCAAAACUGAAUGGGCCUAAGAGAGUCGGUUGGCUGCAGAAGCGGUGGCUGAGGUAGAACAAGAUGAGAGUCCAUGAGAUGAUGGCACCAAGAGAAUCUGAGGAAGUGCAUAAAAUGUGUUUACAAAAGAUGUAUUAAAAUUACACAAUAUUUUCUAAUUUCUCAAGUGUUAUGUUUUAUAUCGGCAUCCUAAGAUCAACCAAUAUUUCCUCACCUUGAAAACUCUGUUAUUUACAUUAAUACCUAUUUAGUUUUAGCAAUAGAAUUCUUUAAUUUUCUUCAUUGAUUUCUAGAAGAGGUGUCUUCAUGACUUUGUUGUUUGUACAAGUAUUGCUGAAUCUCAGUUGCUCAGUGAAUUGCUUAUUUCAGAACUACCUUCCUAAAUUUCAGUUUAUUGUUUUCAUCUUUUUACAUAUAGCUGUCAAAUAGGAGGAAACCCUGAUGGCAUAGUGGUUAAGUGCUACGGCUGCUAACCAAAGGGUUGGCAGUUUGAAUCCACCAGGCACUCCUUUGAAACUCUAUGGGGCAGUUCUACUCUGUCCUAUAGGGUCGCUAUGAGUUGGAAUCGACUUGAUGGCACUGGGUUUGGUUUUUUGGUUUUGGUCAAAUAGGAAGAUUUCCAUUUUCCCAUGUCUUUCCUCAUUUCUGUUCUGUACCUAAAAAACCCUCUUUGUUUGCUUUCUCCAUCCUUCUACUAGCUCUACCUCAUACAUCAUCUUGUCAGGUUUAUGUCUGAAGGGAUAUAAAUGCACAUGAGAGAAAAGUAGGGAUGGUAACCUCUAGAGCCUCAUUCUUUUGGGAAUGAAAACUUACUUGGCCCCUCUUUCUAGAGGAAAAAUGUUUUGUCUGUUAGCAUGGGAACGUGUAUUUGAUAUUCCAUGUUUACUUUAUUAUUUACUUUAUAAGGUGUGAUUUAAAAAUUUUCUCCAAGUUCAUUGCAGAAAAAUUGGAAAAUAUAGAUAAGUAAAAAUUAAGAUUACACCUAUUCCCACCAGCUAGACAUAACCACUGUUAGUGUUUUGAUAUAUUUUCCAGACCCUUAUUACUUAUUCAUUUGUUUGUAUAUAUAAUACAAUAUAUGUAUAUAUUUAAUAAAGCAUUGUUGUUAGGUGCCGUCGAGUCGGUUCCGACUCAUAGCGACCCUGUGCACAACAGAACGAAACACUGCCCAGUCCUGAGCCAUCCUUACAAUUGUUGCUAUGCUAGAGUUCAUUGUUGCAGCCACUGUGUCAAUCCACCUCGUUGAGGGUCUUCUUCUUCUCUGCUGACGCUGUACUCUGCCAAGCAUGAUGUCCUUCUCCAGGGACCGAUCCCUCCUGACAACAUGUCCAAAGUAUGUAAGACUCAGUCUUGCCAUCCUUGCUUCUAAGGAGCGUUCUGGUUGUACUUCUUCUAAGACAGAUUUGUUCGUUCUUUUGACAGUCCAUGGUAUAUUCAAUAUUCUUCGCCAACACCACAAUUCAAAGGUGUCAAUUCUUCUUCAGUCUUCCUUAUUUAUUGUUCAGCUUUCACAUGCAUAUGAUGCGACUGAAAAUACCAUGGCUUGGAUCAGGUGCACCUUAGUUUUCGGGGUGACAUCUUUGCUCUUCGACACUUUCAAGAGGUCCUCUGCAGCAGAUUUACCCAGUGCAAUGCGUCUUUUGAUUUCUUGACUGCUGCUUCCGUGGCUGUUGAUUGUGGAUCCAAGGAAAAUGAAAUACUUCACAACUUCAAUCUUUUCCCCAUCGUGAUGUUGCUUAUUGGUCCAGUUGGGAGGAUUUUUGUUUUCUUUAUUGUUGAGGUGCAAUCCAUACUGAAGGCUGUGGUCUUUGAUCUUCAUUAGUAAGUGCUUCAAGUCCUCUUCACUUUCAGCAAGCAAGGUUGUGUCAUCUGCAUAACGCAGGUUGUUAAUGAGCCUUCCUCUAAUCCUGAUGCCCUGUUCUUCUUCAUAUAGUCCAGCUUCUCAUAUUAUCUGCUCAGCACACAGAUCGACUAGGUAUGGUGAAAGAAUACAACACUGACGCACACCUUUCCUGACUUUAAAUCAAUCAGUAACCUCUUGUUCUGUCCAAACAACUGCCUCUUGAUCUAUGUAAAGGUUCCUCAUGAGCACAAUUAAGUGUUCUGGAAUUCCCAUUCUUUGCAGUAUUAUCCAUAGUUUGUUAUGAUCCACACUGUGGAAUGCCUUUGCAUAAUCAAUAAAACACAGGUAAACAUCCUCCUGGUAUUCUCUGCUUUCAGCCAGGAUCCAUCUGACAUCAGCAAUGAUAUUUAAUAAAAUAAUAUACAAUUCAUAGUCUUUUUUAGCAUUUUCAUACUUAGUAGUAUCAAAUCAAUUUAAAAUUCUGUUUAGUAUUCUAGUAAUGACCUAUUAUGAGACAUAUAAGCUGUUUCCAAUUUUCAUUCCAUAUAAGUAAAAUUUCAUCAGGGAAACAUUGUGAGUCUAAAUAAAUACCUACAUUCACCACCAAAGUUUUUAGAAUUUUUUUUCCAGUUUACUCAGAAAUGUUACUCACCACCGACUACUCUGGCGGGGAUCAUAGUGAAGAGUCCUGGACAGAGCUGGAGAUAAAUGUAGAACAAAAUUCAAAUCACACAAAAAAACAAACAAACAAGAGAGACCAGGCUUGCUGAUCUGACAAAGACUGGAGAAACCCCAAGAGUGUAGCCCCCAGACACACUUUUAACUCAGUACUGAAGUCACUCCUGAGUUUUUACCCUUCAGCCAAAAAUUAGAUAGGUCUAUAAGGCCAACAGUAACACACAUGAGGGAUAUGCCCCAUAGUUCAAUCAUGGGUACUAGACUAAUGGUUACACCAGCCCGAAGGCAAAGACGAGAAGGCAGGGACAGGAAAACUGUACAAAUGGAAACAGAGAACCUGGGGUGGAGAAGAAGAGAGCGUUGACACAUCGCGGGGUUGGCAGCCAAUGUCACAAAACAAUUUGUGUAGUAACUGUUUAAUGAGAAACUAAUUUGCUAUGUAAACUUUCACCUAAAUCACAAUAAAAAAUAAUAAAAAUUACCACUGUUUUGUAGUUGCUAUGUUAAUACUACCCCCUGCUAGUGAGCAUAGUCAUGAGUGGACUAUUCUGAGCUGUGCUGUUCAGUAUGGUCUAGUUUGCUACCAGUCCUCAGCAAGAUAAGGUGCUUGCACCCAGAUAUAAAUCAAGACAUUGUUUCAUUCAAGAGAUUCUGGCUACAAAAAAAAGUGUUAGAGGAACUAAAUUGUAUAUUUAGUACAUUGUUGAUUUUCAUUCCACAAGUUCCUCAUGGACUGCUAUCAGGCAACUUUCAGAUCAUAUUAUGCCCAGGUUUUACUGGGAAAUUAUGUGUAAGGAUGAAGACCUGAAUUUGGCUCAGUUAAUCUGCCAACAAAUAUUAAUUAGUUAUUCUGAGAAGAUGUGAGAGAUUCACAUUGCUACCCUCAAGAAACUCGUAUUCUAGUUGAAAACUAUUCUCAACAGCACAGGAACAAAGUAAAGUGGAAAUACCAUAAUGUAACUACUACCCACUCCAUAGCAAAAUGAUGACUUGAAUUUUUGAGAGAAUGCUUUCCUCUCAGAAAUGCAGAACAAAAUUCUCAUAAAGUAGAAGUCUCAUAGAAUAUUUUAUUCUCAUAAAAGUCAAAAGUUUCGCAAAAAUAUGCUAUUGUUACAAAGUAAGAAAAGUUCCAUAUGUAUACACUGAAUAUUUGUGUUUUGGUUUUCUUUUACAGAAAGUUAAAAUUUGAAAGUGAGUAAUAAUAUCUACAGGAAAAUAAGUAAUUCUUUUUGAUACGAGGAUUUUCAAAGCAUUAACUAAAUUUGUGUUAAGUAUUUGGCUCUUGAAAAGAGAUGCACGUUCAAAUUUGUUAGAUUUAGGGAAGGAAUUUUGCAGCAGAUGUAUGAAUCUGAGAAAAAUGCUAUCCAAAAUGAAAAUAAUCCAGUAUUGUUAAUUUAUGCUUUGGGUAGAGAGUUUUCAGCAGUACCUUUUUUUCCCCUUCCCUUGUUCCCAGCUCUCCUUUGUGUUGUACCAAGGGAAGAAUCAGAAAUGAAGUCACUAAAAUACCUAAUAUGGUCGGGAGUGCUCACAUUCGCUUCACUUAGAUCACUAAAGUUUUUAAAAGCCUGAGAUAGGCCAACGUGUAUCAGCACUGUUCCAUCAGAUCUGUUGCAUUCAUUAUUAAUGCAAUAUUGCACCCAUCAGCGUUGGUCUUGCACUGUCUCUUUUCACUUGUACAGUAUCAUUUGCAAGUUACCUGAAACGUUUUUCAGUUAUUGACCUCAUGCUUGUAUCUGAUUACCUUUUUCACUUCACAUUGUUAUUGUUACGUACUAUUUGUGCCAUCAUUUUAGUACCUCAAAAGUUUAAAUAUUUUUUGAGUUAUUUCCCUUUAGAACAAAAUGUAACCAAGAGUAGAACAUUUUUUCCUAGCUGAUU